AUGGAUGAAUUGGAUACUUACUUUGGGACAGGGAUGAGAAAUGAUCCUGGUGAAAACAAUUGCUUUUUAAAUGCAACCAUACAGUCUCUCUGGCAUUUGAGACAUUUCCGAGAUGAGUUUUUGUGUCUACCAGGACAUGUGCAUGUUGGAGAUCCUUGUGUUUUCUGUGCUUUACAUCAGAUCUUUGAGGCCUUAAGCAUGCCCCACACAGAUAGACAAAGAGCUGUUGGCCCGACCUCUAUAAGAAUCACUUUGAACAUUUUGUACCCUGAUGAUAUCUCCUUGCAGGAGGCAUGUUCCCAGGAAUUUCAUGGUGUUUUCUGUUGGUACAAAUUCUUGCACAACUCAAGGAUUUCGGCUGACCUGGCGAAGCGACCACCUAGUAGCCUUUACCUCUCAGUGCCCGUGCAGAGCUCCGUCCCACAUGGACUGAGAGGACAAGCGGGUGAUGCUUUGGUGGUGUUGGAAAAGAUAUGGGGUUGUCUUCAUGAGUCAUUUACUUAUAAUCUUACUGUUUCUGAUGCCAAAUCGGAAGAGAGAAAGUGCGAAGUGUUUGGUGGUGCAAGCAAGUGUAUAGUACAUACCAUUUUCGGAUUGGACAUAAUAGAAAGAUUUGACUGUCGUAAAUGUGGUCUUCUGAAUGGAUUUAACCACCGGCAUUGUUAUGUUCUAAACAUAAGCGCAAAUGAACUCAGAAAGGCAAAGAUUAUGCGUGUGAAUAGCCGUUUUGAUGAACUUUUAAACCUGCUCGCAGUUGAUGACGAUAGUCAAUUCGUUUGCAAACCAGAGUUUCAUGGAUGUGGAACAUUAAAUCAUAUCAAUCGUGUUCUUUCAACUCGUCCACAUGUUUUCACUGUUGUUAUUGAUUGGAAGACAGCCAGUGAGAGUGCUGAUGAUAUGUUAGCAACAAUGACGGCUCUGAAUACAGAUAUAGAUAUUGGCGUCUUGUAUCAAGGUUUAGAUCAGGGAGACAAACACAGCCUUGUUUCGAUGGUUUGCUACUAUGGGCCUCACUUCAUCUGCUUUGCUUACAACCAUGAGCAUGAAAGAUGGAUUAUGUUUGAGGACAAGAAUGUGAAGGUAAUUGGGAGUUGGGAUGAUGUCCUUUGCACGUGUGGAAAAGGUUACAUACAACCUGAGGUCCUUUUCUUUGAAGCUGUCAAGGCAUUGUUCCAAUUGAGGUUGCUUAGCAGGGAUGUGCAGGAGAAGCUUAUCAGGCAAAGUGGGACAGUGGUGGACACCAUGCUCCUCCUACUCUUGUCAAAACUGUUAGCUUCUAUUCCACAAUUGCUAUUGGUUUGCUACUAUGGGCCUCACUUCAUCUGCUUUGCUUACAACCAUGAGCAUGAAAGAUGGAUUAUGUUUGAGGACAAGAAUGUGAAGGUAAUUGGGAGUUGGGAUGAUGUCCUUUGCACGUGUGGAAAAGGUUACAUACAACCUGAGGUCCUUUUCUUUGAAGCUGCAAAGUGGGACAGUGGUGGACACCAUGCUCCUCCUACUCUUGUCAAAACUGUUAGCUUCUAUUCCACAAUUGCUAUUGCAGCUGACCCUUUGUCUGUUGCCGAUUUUGUUUGCUACUAUGGGCCUCACUUCAUCUGCUUUGCUUACAACCAUGAGCAUGAAAGAUGGAUUAUGUUUGAGGACAAGAAUGUGAAGGUUAUUGGGAGUUGGGAUGAUGUCCUUUGCACGUGUGGAAAAGGUUACAUACAACCUGAGGUCCUUUUCUUUGAAGCUGUAAAUUAG